AUGCCUCUGUACAAUGUCACUCUGAAAGAGAACGCCUCGCCCGAGGAACUAAACAAGGCGAAGGAGAAGGCCAAGGCUGAUGGCGGCGAGAUCAAGCAUGAGUUCACUCUGAUCAAAGGCUUCACUGUCGAGUUCCCCGAAGACAAGGUCGGCGUGCUCCAGACCAACGAACACAUCCACGUCGAGCAAGACGGCGAGGUCAAGACCCAAUGA